AUGGCCGACUAUCACUAUCCUUCCGAUCGAGGACAACCGCACCGUCCCCGUGAACAUGGAGGCCCAUCGGCCAAUUUCCAGCGGGAGGCCGCCUUCUCCAACAUCUUCGGCGCCGCCCCUCCUCCUGGCAGAUCCCACACAAUGACAUCCUCUCGGCAGGCCCGAGAUGCACCGACAGCCGCCGCCGCGGCCCCCAUCCCUCGCAGUAUGCCGACCAGCAUCACCAGCAACAUCCCCAGCAACAUCCCCAGCAACAUCCCCAGCAGCAUCACCAGCAGCAUCACCAGCAGCAUCCACAGCAGCAUCCCCAACAACAACAACAACACCGAAUGUACCCCCAACCAAGGGCCUGGAGGCGGAUACCACCCCGCCCCUCGAUCAGUCUCCGGUCCUCAGCAGGUCCCCUCUCCCCAGGCUCUGCAAUACAUGCAGCAGCGGAGGGCACCACCUCCUGGACCCGGUGCCCCCAAGGCUGGAAUCAAGGGGCCCCCUCAGGGAUAUGGACCUCCCAGGGCGGGUGGUGCUCGUUUUCAUCCCGGCGGAGCCGGUCCAGUGCCCGGCAUGAAUGGCGAUCCUUAUCGGACGCAAUCUCUCGCCUCGUCCUCGCGGCAACAAGUAUACCACCCUCCUCCCGCAUCUUACCAGUCUCCGGCCACAGCUUCUCGAUCUGGUGCCUACAACCCAAACUCGGCCAGAACCACAGCCCAGGAGUGUUUCCGCCGAAAGAUUAUGACGGGCGACAGGACGAAGAACGAGCUCACGUAUAAGAAUGCCUUCAGCGGUGCCGAGGCUGUGGAUGUCUUAUCCUAUAUCAUCAGGACUACCGACAGGAAUCUGGCGUUGCUUCUCGGCCGCUCCCUUGACGCCCAAAAGUUCUUCCACGACGUCACCUAUGAACACCGACUUCGCGAUUCGGCAAACGAGAUCUACCAGUUCCGGGAAACGCUCAUGGAAGAGCCAGACGACAAGCCCGCCGUCAAUGGUGUCUUUGUUCUUUUGUCUGACUGCUACUCGCCUACCUGUACUCGGGACCAACUCUGCUACUCAAUUGCAUGCCCCAGGAGGUUAGAGCAGGUGUCUAGACUCAACCUCAAGAUCCAACCGGGUUUGAAGAAAGACCAGACGACUAUCGAUGACGUAGAUCAGACAGACGAGCAGAAGCUCUGGAUUAACUCGGUACCUAAGGAGGUUGUGGAAAGCGUGGAUGAGCGGGAGAAGAAGAGACAGGAAGUCAUCUCCGAGAUCUGCUACACGGAACGCGAUUUCGUCAAGGAUCUCGAGUACCUAAGGGACUUUUGGAUCGCUCCGUUACGAUCCAAGGUCUCGCCCAUUCCCGUGGCUCGGCGUGAUAAGGUGGUGAAGCUUAUUUUCAGCAACAUCAUCGAUCACCCGAGCAUCCACACCGUCAGCUCCCGCUUCGCCAAGUCCCUGACGGAGCGACAGCAAAAGAACCCCGUUGUCCGGAAUAUUGCCGACAUCUUCCUCGAAUUUGUCCCAUACUUUGAGCCUUUUAUCCUGUACGGCUCACGUCAGAUGGAGGCCAAGUUUGAGUUUGAAAACGAGCGAUCUUGCAACACGUACUUUACCAAGUUUGUCGACGAGAUUGAGAGGCGGAAGGAAUCCCGAAAACUCGAACUUAAUGGCUACCUCACCAAACCGACAACUAGGUUAGCCCGUUAUCCUCUCCUCCUAGAAAAUGUGCUCAAGUAUACCGAGCCGGACAAUCCGGACAAGGACGAUAUUCCUAAGGUGUUGGCCAUGAUUCGCGACCUUCUUGGCCGCGUCAACACAGAGUCCGGCAAGGCCGAAAAUCGCUUUAACCUCCGCCGUCUUCACGAACAGCUCCGAUUCCGCCCCAAUGAGAAGGUCGAUCUACGGCUUACUGAAGAGGGCCGUGAGCUUGUCUUCAAGAGCCAAUUCAAAAAGUCGCCCACGGAUCCAACAGAGAUUACAGCCUUCCUAUUUGACCACGCCGUGUUGCUAGUACGCAUCAAGCAAGUUGGCAAGGGCGAAGAAAUCAAGGCACUCCAAAAGGGAGAGGGCUGGCCCAUUACCUUCCGCCAUCUUGGCAAGAACGGAUACGAGCUGACCCUCUACGCUUCCAACCAAGCUGCCCGCAAAAAGUGGCUCGAGUACAUUGACAACAGUCAGCAACGCCUGCGCUCUCGAGGAGACUUCUUCAACACUUCCUGCAUUUCAAUGGGUCACUUCAUGGCUACUAACCAGGUCAAUUGCGUGACGCCAUUCGAUGGCUCGAGGAAGCUCAUCAUCGGCACGAAUAGCGGCUUGUAUGUACUUGACCGCAAGGUCAAGGGUGCUGCACCCAAGAGGGUUUUGGACGUGCCUAGCGUCACGCAGGUCGAAAUUCUCGAAGAAUACUCGCUCCUCCUGGUCCUAUCCAACAAGUCUCUUCUUUCCUACAGCCUCUCGGCCUUGGACCCCAACGAGCCGGCCCUCGCAAGACGACCAAAGAAGAUUCAGAGCCACUGCAACUUCUUCAAGGCGGGCAUCUGCCUCGGCCGACACCUUGUGUGUGUGGUCAAGUCGUCGGCGCUUUCGACCACCGUCAAGGUGUACGAGCCGAACGACUCGAUGGCCAAGAAGACGAAGCAAAAGGGGUUGGGCAAGAUGUUUGGCGGCGGCCAGGACGAACUCCGACCGUUCAAAGAAUGCUAUAUCCCCGCGGAAUCCUCGUCGGUACACUUCCUCAAGUCCAAGCUCUGCGUGGCAUGCCCCAAGGGCUUCGAGGUGGUGUCGUUGGAAACUCUGGAGACCCAGUCACUCUUGGACCAGGCCGAUACGUCGCUGGACUUUGUUGCUCGCAAGGAAGGCGUGCGGCCUAUCCAUAUCGAGCGCCUCAAUGGCGAGUUCCUGCUCAACUACUCGGAAUUCUCCUUCUUCGUCAACAAGCACGGUUGGCGAGCGAGGCCGGAGUGGCGAAUCGAUUGGGAGGGCUCUCCUCAAAGCUUUGCUCUCAGCUAUCCCUGGAUUCUUGGAUUUGAGACGAAUUUCAUCGAACUUCGGGAUAUCGAAAGCGGUGCGGUCCAUAUCGUACCCCAUAAGAAUAUCAGGAUGCUUCAUAGCAGUACACACGAGAUCUUGUUCGCAUACGAAGACGAGAGGGGCGGAGACAUCAUUGAGUCGAUUGACUUCUGGAAAACUAAUAAUAGACGGUCCGAACUACUUCCGGUGCCCGGCUCACCAUAA